ACUAACUCGAUUGUCCAACUCAACAAAAAAAUUGACUUUGGAGUAAUGCGAGGGCAUAUCAGUGAGUUGUGGCGUAAGGGUGAACCAGCCUCAUGCGGUUACGUCUCAAAUCAAACCAAGGUGGUGUUCCGUUCGAACACAGCAGUUAUUCAUUUAUUCAUUCAAAUGAGCAAUGAAAUGUGGAAUUUUGAUGAAUUCGGGGAUCUGUAUUUCGAAAAGGCUGUGAAAUUUUUACGAGAAUUGUUUUUGAAUCGAUGGACGGAGUCAAAUUGUGUCCACGAUGUAACUCUUGUCCUCUUCAGCAGAAUUUAUGUUAAUUUAAAUCCGGAAGACCUUCGGAUAGCUGAUUUGCUGAAUAAAACAGUGAUCUGCAAAGAUGAAAAAGGCCAACUCUACACCGAUUUUUAUAAGGUCCUCGUGCAAAACGAGCGGUUUACACCUGAGGAAUGGCGGCGGACGUUGACUCAGUUGUUGCUGGAGUUCAGAAUUUUUCAGUCCGAACUUCGGCAGUAUAUUCUCUCGACUCUAGAAGACAUAAAAUACCCCCAAGAUGUAACCAUUCGGCUGCCACCGGCCAGGGAAGGCAACGUCUUAGAAGCCCUUAAUCUCACGCUUACACUAUAUGAGGAAUACAAUAUCGACCGAAAUUUCGAUCGGACGGGCAAGGUCUGUGUUAUUGUUACACCAGGGUCUGGCGUCUUCGAUGCUAGCCGUGAUCUUAUAUCUCUUUCAAAACAACGGAGCCUCGAUUUAGGCGUGACGGUUGAUUUGGUAUGUCUGGGCACGCAACCUCUCCAUGCUGUACCUCUGUUGGUUUGUCGAGAUAGCCAGAAACCAGGUUUCCAAGGCAAAAGUUACAUCGUUCCACACUGGAUCAACCACAGAUUUCCGGAACAUGCAGAACUCCGCCCGCACAGUUUUGCUGAUCUCUGUGCUGCUUCCGAUCGCUCAUCGCCGCAGUCACACUCUUCAUGCACCGGCACUAUCCGUAACAACUUCGGGGCUGGACAUGUUGGUGACACUUCACACACAAGGGCUGACAUAAAGCGCAUUUGCGAACUUGCUAAUGCCGUGGCUGGGAAAGCUGCAGUGGCCACAUCUGUAGAAUCCUGUGCCGCCGCCGAGAUCUCAGUGAUGAAGGUGGCUACACAGUCGAUAGAACACACCCGGCACCAGGAUACUGACAUUUCGGCCCCCCAGCGAAAGUGCUCUAUCUCGAUAGACGAGGGAGUACCAGCAGGCUGGAGUAUUCAACGUCGCAAAGAGAGUAUACAAAGCAAGAACACUAUGGAGAGUCAGAUUUGUGGUGCGGUCUUGUGUAACAUUUUGGAUCCAUUAUGUCAGGGACAAAUGGCAUUCGGAACCGAAUGGAUGUCCCUCUAUGGAUACCCUUGGUCCGGCGUUCAGCACCAGUUGAAUCGCUAUCCAGUCGCCAACAGUAACUCCACUGGCCGGAUUAAUCGAGCAAUCUGUGGGAAGGGGGGACUGUCUGUGGCCAUGUCGCAAGAGAUGCUCCUGCACACAGACCCAUAUGCGCGGGGCUUGCGAGGCGACGAUCUGCCCGUUCGAGACAGGAAGUACAAAUUCAGCACACCUGCAUUUGGAUCACAGUUACUGUCAACCUCAGUCAAGGCGGACACUUGGCUCUCCUUGCAGAGUCAGUAUGUACGCGCUCCUCUCCAUUCGGCAAUAGCCAGCGGUAACAGUGGCAACAGCAGCAACAACAAGACCGCCCUGGCAGCCUUUAAGACGUUUCCCUUUGGCAUUAAUCCACAUCUUUUUGGCCUCCGACGGACUGCAGGGCAGCGCAGAUGGGCCCACUUCCAUGCCGUUGCUUACCGCUCACAUCAGAACGCGUUCGAGAAUUCUCAUUGUCUGCUUGUUCUCGAGGGCGAGAAACCGUGCCUCAACUUGUCCAAGGUGUGGCAUGCAUAUUUCGACUUCUGCCGGCAUGCUUUGAGGACGCUGUUGUUGCAGGCUUUCACACCCGAGGUUCCUGCUUCCGCCGACGUCUUUUUCUCCUCCGAAAUGGACUCAGUUAUGAAUCUGCCGAGGCUGAAGGCCCCUUCAUCAACCUAG